AGUAAAAUGGCUCGUUGGCCCAAAGAACAGCCUUCCACAUGGUAUAGUCAAUACAAGCGGGGGUCUUUGCUCUCCUACGUGGAUUCGGACGGGAACCCCAUCGGAGUGGUGCAGAUGACUUUCCUCCGGCUCCUGAGCGCCUCGGCCCACCAGAACAUCACUUACAACUGCUACCAGUCCGUAGCCUGGCACGACGCCACCACCAACAGCUACGACAAGGCCAUCCGCUUCCUGGGCUCCAACGACGAGGAGAUGUCCUACGACAACAACCCCUACAUCCGAGCCGCCCUGGACGGCUGCGCGGCAAAGAAGGGCUAUCAGAAGACUAUCCUGGAAAUCAACACGCCCAAAGUAGAGCAAGUACCUAUAGUCGACAUCAUGUUCAAUGACUUCGGAGAAGCGUCACAGAAAUUUGGAUUCGAGGUGGGACCAGCUUGCUUCAUGGGCUAAGAGCCACCUGAAAACUAGUCUCCAAAUGAGCAACCUCGUAACCUCAUUGCGCCAUUUAAUUAAUUAAAAACAACAAAAAAAAAAGAAAAGAAAAAAGAA